CCCAAAUUUGUUUUCGAAUAGCAGAAGAGCAGCAAGGUCUGGAAUUGGGAGUUGCAGAGAUGGAAGGAGAAGGAAGAUCGGAGAUGGAGUUCACGGAGAUCGAGACCAGGGCGGAGUGCUUUGACAGCUCCGUCAUAUUCCAUGUCGUCGCUGACAUCCUAGGGUUCGUCCUUUACAUGCACCAGCAAAUCCCUUCUAUUUUGCAGGAUGUGAGUCUUGAAUUUGACACACUUCAAACUGAGUAUAAAGAAUUGGAGAUGGUUCUGGCACAAAAUGAAUUCAAGGCAUCUUUCCGGAGGAAGCAUGCUGGGAGAAUGAGAGAGGUAAAACAGGGGAUUAGAAGACUGGAGAAAGUGAUGACGACAAUUUCUAGCCUCCGAACUGCCCUGCAACUGAUGAUUAGUGAGAUUCCCGAUAUCAAUGGAGUCAUUUUGGUUCUUGGAGCCAGCCCAAUACGCCCUCGACAUGUUUAUGAGGUGUGCUUUUUACAUGGAAAGGUUGUAUCUGGAGGUGAUGUUGAUUUCACUAAAAGCCGAGCAGCAGAAGGGCUUUCAAGAAAGGCUAUUCGGACGCUAAUUUCCAAGGGAGCAGGAUCUGAUUCUUAUGCAGGCCCUACCAAGUUGUUUUUGUUGGUUAAAGCUCCACCUUCUUUCAACCUGCCCCUGCAUUUUCUUCCCAAGCGUGACUUCAGGUACAGCAAAAAGAUAGUGCCUCUCAGGUUACGAUUCAAGUGUAGAACCCAAGAUUUGGAAACCGACGCUCAACAUUGUGUUGCUCAAACUGCUGAAUCUGUCAGUUUGUUGGAUUCUACUUCAAAUGAUUUGAUCUGGUUUCAAUGUCGACAUGUAAUUAAAGGCAUAGCAUCCAAGACAUCUUCGACAGAAGAGUGAGGUGGGUCAUACAAUUUUCAUAUUCUGAAGUUGUGAACAGAAUUUUAGGUCAUUCAUUUUGAUUCUUUCAUCCCAUGGUUCAUUGGUUUGGAUGUAGUCAGUUUUUGCUGGAGUAGCAGAACCAAACUAGAAGUCAACCUGGCUUGCAGAGCAAAUGUUCAUAGUAGUAGUCCCAGUUCUCUCCACAACUAACAUUUUUGGUUCUCUGGCUGGUUAUCCCAUAUUGCUCUUUAUAUCAUCAUCUUCAAUUAGGAAAUGUAUCUUCUAGGAUCUUGGCAUUGUUAUGAAUCUAUUUUGUUGCAAAUAGAGUAUGUGAUGUAGUUAGGAAAAGAAUCUUGAUGUUGUAUAAUGAAGCAUUUUUCAGAUUACAAGAAGGGGGCCAGAUUGCUUUUGUUGUGUUGCAUAUUUAUGAUGACAAAAACAUGGACUGUUAUACAUUUCAAGAUA